AUGUGUGGCGAGGCUGGCUAUGAUGCUGAGUGCGAUGGAUGCAUAGAAACAAAUCGUACGCAAGAAGCUCUCCGAAAUUUAGCAGUGUCUAAGUUCAUGGUGGACACUACAGUAUACAAUAUCCUUGAGCCGAGCGGAUAUCGUGUGAAUGUUUACAAUGAGAAUCACUAUCGCGGUUUAGAAGACCUGGAAUCUAUCAUGAGUAGCAUCAAUCCCCGUCUUCACAGACAGUGUCUGCGUAUACCACUAGAUGUAUUUCAAAAGUUGGUUGCAGAGAUGAAAGAGGAGUACCACUCUGAUGGUCGAGCGAACGUAGGAGCGCAUGAAAUGGUAUACAUGUACAUGACCUUUAUCGGUCAAUCACUCACACCGGUGUAUCUAGCUCGCAUAUUUGAAAGAUCUUCGGAGACGGUAUUCAAUUACAUUAGAAAAGUGAUACACUAUCUGAACUUGACACUGUAUCAGAAAUAUAUCAAAAUGCCUACUGAGAGUGACAGCACUCCUACUCAGAUUCGAAACGAUCCUAAGUGCUGGCCGUUCUUUAGCUGUGUUGUUGGGGCUCAAGAUUGCACUCACCUGCCGAUUGUAACACGCAAAGAGGAUCAGGCAAGAUACAUAAAUAGAAAAGGAUUCAUGACUCAGAACAUCUUUGCCUGCGUGAAUUGUAAUAGAAGCUAUCAAUAUGUGUUAUAUGAUGCAGAGGGAUGUGCGCACGACGGCGCAGUUUACAACAGAGUUCAGAGGUCCCCGGGUUGGUGUGUCUCAAAAGGUGAGUUCAAAGUGCUUUAUAUUGUCGUGAUUAUGAUUGUUAUACCUUAA